AUUGCACGGGAUUUAACAAGAGUUCAUAAGAGCCACAGCUUUGCAGAGGAAAACUUUUAAACAGAAGAAUAAAUAGCCUACAAUAAAAAAAAAUCAAAAUAGUUCCUGCUGCAAUUUAAAGUGAAUUGUAAUUGGCAAUUGUGGAAAAAAUUGUAUUUAGUUAUUUAGAUGGAUCUCCGUUAAAAAAAUUAAAUAAAGUUUUUUAUGAUAAUAUUAAUAAAAAGCGAAUGUUUGAGACGUGUUGUGGGUCUGGGGCCCUGGACUCCUGAGGCCUGCAGGCCCUCCGGAGCUGACUGGAGUCUCUCCUCCGGGUUUUGGGACAAUCUGAGGGCGUAUCGGAGCGGAUCCGUCCUCAUCCUGCUGCCUGAUGCCAGCUGCAGCGAUGACAGAAUAAAAGGAGCCGUGCGCGGCCUGUAGCUCAGGGGAAACACCGAGCUGGGAGCGAAUCCGGGCCUGCGUAGAAUCCAGACUCCCAGGCCCGAUCAGCCAGGCUACAAAAUAAAGUCACGUGAUCCAAAAUGGGCAGUCCUCCGACGGGGCAGAAAAAAAGCCAUUUUCUGGCGCCGCUGCAUAAUUCUGUCCAAGUGCAAAUAAGUGAUCUGGGUCCGGGAGCAGCGGAGGGAACUUUUGUGUCCAACCAGGUCCCGUCCAGAUGGAGAAAAUGCAGCCGAACCGGGUCAAGAUCACGGAUCUGAACCCGCUUCUCACAUGUCCGCUGUGCGCAGGAUACCUGAUCGAUGCCACGACCAUCGUGGAGUGUCUGCACUCCUUUUGUAAAACCUGCAUCGUUGCCUUCCUCGAGACGAAUAAGUUCUGUCCUCGAUGUGACGUCCAAGUCCACAAGACGUGUCCACAGCUCAGCAUCAGAUCGGAUAAAACUCUCCAAGAUAUAGUUUAUAAGUUGGUUCCGGGGCUUUUCAAAGACGAGAUGAAGCGGAGGCGAGAUUUUUAUGCAGAGAACCGAGUUCUGGAACCGGGCGAAGUGGUGGAGACGUUCAACAUAGCGGAGGAUGAAAUCAUCAGUCUGUCCAUACAGUUCUACGAGAGGAACAACAAAAACAGCGAGAGGCAGCGAUCAGAGCUGGAAGGAGAAAAGUCCAAUGGGAAACGCUUCCUGCAGUGCCCGGCAGCCAUGUCUGUUAUGCACUUAGCAAAGUUCCUCAGGAGCAAAAUGGAUAUACCCAACAACUACCGGGUGGAGGUUUUGUACGGCGACGAACCCUUAAAGGACUAUUACACACUAAUGGACAUCGCCUACUUCUACGAGUGGAGACGAACUGGACCCAUCCCGCUCCAGUAUCUGGUCAAACCCACCCGGAAACGCAGGAGGCUGUCCCAGUCCGCCGCCACCCAGGGCCACUCCGACGGCGUCAACACGAGCCCCACGUCGGAGAGCGACUCUCAGAGCGAGAAACUUCAGAGUCCUGCCGCAGCCCCGCCUCCCCGAGCCUCGUCGCAGUCCAGCCCCGCGUCCCACAAUGCCACGCCUUCCACCCAAAGCUCUAAUGGUGCUGCCGUUCCCAACAACACUCAGCGACCCACGCCCACUUCCAAGCAGGCCGCCAGCACUCGUAAGGUGACUGUCAACGGCACGAGCUCUGGGGCGGGCAAGGAGGAGGCGAGGGGGGGAGAGAAAAGCAGCCUGCCUCCGCCGACCUAACACUUUGAGCAAGGCUGCAGGAAGGACAGUGGUUUGAUUCCCAUGGAGCAAGAAGAGGCUCGAGCUUUCAUCAUUCUGGACACAAACAGGAGGCCGAUUUUGAGCUGGAAGGACCGAGGAGCCAAAUGGACGCUCUGUGUGUGUGUGUGUGUGUGUGUGUGUUAGACUAGAGCCGUGCACACAUCCAUACUGUACAGUAUCUAUCAGACGUCAGCAUGUGUGCAUACAUAUGUAUAAACCUAUCUUUUAUACAAGAUAAUGUAAUCAUUUUGUAUUGUAUAUGCAGUGGGUCCGUUUCAUUUCCACAGACAUCCCUUUGGCUUCCAUACAGCCGGCGGCGAGGUGGUCCACACGCCAACGUCGCCGUGUGGGCUGGAUGUGAAGGAAAGGAAAAAAAAAAACAAUUCUUGCCUUUCAAAGAGUCGUGUUUGUAAGUGUCCAGAGUGAGCAGCAGCUCAUCAGGUAACGUGUACAUUAUGAAAACCGUUGAUGCACUUUGUUAACGUCCCGUCACACAAACCAACGAGUAUUUUCUAGCAGCUGAAGCGUUUCUAUUAACAAGUGGAAGCACUACGAGGAGUCUGACCUGAAAAAAAGAAAGGGAUUUGGAUAUUUUGCCAUGUAUGUUGCUCCAUAGAAUUCAACAUUCCCUUUGUUGCUUUUCAGACAUUUUUUUAAUCAGCCAUAUGUGCAUGUUUUAGGUCAAUAAAAUGUUUACUUACUAGGUUUUUCUGACCUGAGCGUCUGGUUUAUGGUUCAAUAAAUAAUCUUCUUAAAAAGGA